AUGGAGCGAUCCACACAAGAGCUUUUCCUUAACUUCAUGAUCGUGUUGAUCACUGUACUGUUGAUGUGGCUUCUUGUCAAGUCAUACCUAGAGUAA